CUAUAUAAAGGCCGCCCUCCAGAUUUUCUCAUCGUCACUUCGCACUCGAAACUCGAGGAAGCUGGUCGCUAACUAGUCCAGCAAACUUGUUAUCUCCUCCCGAUAAACCGUUCAACCAUGAAGAUCGCGCUAAUCGUUCUGGUUACGAUGUUGGCCGGCGCCAUCGCAUACCCUGCUCACCCUGCCGCCGCAGAACAGGGCGCUGCUCCCGAGGAACAAGAGGGUCCAGUGUCGAGGCCGAUCAGAGAGGCAAAUCCAGAUCCUCACCACCGUCAUUUCGGUGGAUUCGGUGGAUUCGGUGGAUACGGUGGAUACGGUGGAUACGGUGGAUAUGGCGGAUACGGUGGAUACGGUGGUCUUCCCAUAGGCGGCUUCGGGAGUUCUCACAGCUCCGCUGGUGCUAUUAGCUCUCCCUUCGGAAGCGCUGCUUUUGCCAGCUCAAAGUCUGGAGGCUUUGGACGAUGAAGCAGUUGUAUUGGAUACUUGGAUAGUCGAUUUCCUUUCAACAACGACAACAGACUCAAUUUUAUAUGUAUCUAUAUAUAUAUAUAUAUAUUCCUCGU